GUUAGUGAGUUGAAGGGCUGUCACUUCUGCUGGUUUGGUGCAUGGAAAUGGAAGUUAGUUUUGUUUGUUUUUUCGUAUGGUUUGCUGUUUCUUCUUUUGCUCAGAAAGGAGACCAGAGCUACAGCCUGGAAGGUGACUGGUUAAAAUCUGUCAGUGUACGUAGACAGCUUGGGAAAAAGGGAUUUCACAGGGAACUUCAGACCUUUGUUCGCUUUGAUCCUGACAUCCCUAGUGGCCUGUGUGUUUUACUCAUUGAAAACCUGUCUAGCAGUCUGUAUGUGGAUCGUUAUGAACUGGCAUCUUUACAGGAGAAUAGUGGCACACAGGUACUGCUGAACUCUGAAGUUGAUUUAGAAGCCCCUGCCUAUUCUUCUUCUGGCUUCUCCCUUUUGGUGUACCCAGUGAUCAGUGAUACAUGUUCUGGUUGCUUUGUGGCUUCAUUUCCUAUCCAUGCCAGAUACCACCGCCCUUCAUCUGUUGGGAAAAAGCAUGUGCUCAUUAACAUAGAUGGCCCACGCUUGCUGGUUACAUUUGAGACAGGUCUUUUGCCUUGGAACAAUUCUGAGUAUUUGAAAACAAUGGUUCAGUGUUCUGCUCAAAACAACAGUCUUUGCCACUGGAUGGAGAUUGCUUACAAACAGGAAGUUUUAAGCCUCCAGAUUCCAGUUGGAGAUGAGCAUGGGCUAUGCAUUGUUUGCACUGGGACCCUGCUUGUGAUCGUGUUGUGCAGUGGACUGUUGGGGCGAGUGAUAUGGAGAAAUGUCCAAUUCCAGUUGUGACAAUGUGCUGUGAAAAAGUACUACUGCAUCUUGUCUGCAUUUGAAAAAAUGUGAUGCCAACACUGUGGAAAUGAACUGCCCUGCAAUAAGCCCAUACCACUAAAUAAACUUUUAUGUCAUUUUCCAACAAGCAGCAGACACAUAAUAAGAUUGAAUAAUAAGGAAAAUGCAUGUUGUUCGAAACUGCCUUACCGUUUCUAAUAGGAUGUGCAGUGUAAGGUAACUCUUGUAAAAGAGGAAGAAAUUUAUUGAACCAGGUGUAGCAAAAUGUUGUAUAUAUUGUCCAUGACAUGCUCUUGCUGUUCAGGGUGUGACAAUUUUCUUACUCAGAUAUUAUGCAUAUUAGAGGGAGGUUAUUUAAAAUUACAGACCAAUGUGAUUUCACAAUCACAAUUCUGUACUGCAAGGUCAGCACUGCACAAAUAUCUUAAAGUUCACAUUGAUUACUUGAAAGCAUUUUCACUGGUUGGUGAACUAAGAAAGAACUGAACCUUGUAUCAGUGCGUAUCAUUACUCAAGUACCUUGCGGUCUUUGAAGCUGGAAUGUUGAAUAUAAUUAAAUUAUCAUUAAGUGAGUUGUACACACAGCUAUUGCACUUAUGGAUUGUUUUAAUUCCAAAAUCUAAUCCAUAAAUGUUUAACUUAAAGUAAGUCAGGCAUCAACUGAGUUUUUAUUAUAACUGACAUAACAAUAUAUUGUUCUGCGUAUUGCUUCUUCUUCCCAACAAAUUUGUUCCAGUGUUUCUCAAGCUAAGUAGUUUGCCCACAUAGCCACAUGGGUGUCCAUGGAUGCACUGCUUUCCAUCAACUCAUAUAUGGGUUCCUGGUGGCAAUCAAAAGAGGCCGCACAUACAAAUGUACUGUAUACAACUACUGUACUAAUUUUUGUUAAUUCCUAUCUGCCCUUUAAUGGUCAGAUCAUGUGUUGUAUUUUGAGAUAAUGCAGCCACCUUUGUAUUUUCAGCAAAUUCAUUUAGAUUAACAUCAUUACUCAUUUUAUGUUAAAUUGUUUACACUGUAUCACUUUGUAAAUUGUCUAUAAAUGGAACCAGGACACAGACAUACUAGGUACUAAUAGAAAAGUAUGUGACUUGGUAAAGACCAUCACCAUCUUCCUUGCAGCAACCAAAAAUUUAGGAGUUCUCACAUUUUUCUCUUUGGUGAAUCUUACCACUAAUUUUUUUUUUCCUCUUUCUUAGUUGAACCUUCUUGCACAGAUGUUACUGAUUUGAACUCUUGAUUUUACCAAUGAAAAAUAAAUGAUAAUGUUGUAAU